AAAUCAAUAAAUAAAGCUGCUGGUUUGGUCUGAAAGCUACGCAACUCAAAUUGUGCACAGAAAGGAGAAAAUGGCAGACAAGGCAAGCAGAGGGCUAGUAAUUUAUGGUGAUGGGUUGGCCCGUUUAGUCGACCCGACCCAUACCCAUCUCCACAAGCUUGCAUCUUUAUCCUGCUGUGGCUUCUUAUCUCUUCCUCACUCCCCUCCUUCAGAGAGCGAGGAUGCAAGAGUAAUUAGAGAGUUCGCCCAACUGCUUGAUGUGGGUGACACUUGCAUGGAUACGAGUGGAGAAGGUACUACAAAAGAUGUAACAUCUGAGAAAUUGUCCUCCGUGAAGAGCAUAUCUGAUAGGUUUAUGGGAAUGAGAGCAGCUGUGAUUACAGACAGUUCAAGUCUGAAAUCCUUUGGAGGCAAAAAUGGGCUUUCUGUUUUGCAGUUGCAAGAGUUAUAUGAUAGAAAUAAAGCAUAUGCCCAACCAUCCCAUGUUGUCCUAGCUUUCGAAUUGCUGAAGUUGCUCGGAUUUCAAGAAGGGAAGGUUUUAGAAGCUAGUCAAUUUGACUUGAUUUUUCUUCACAUUGGAGCUCAUGAGGAGAUAUUUGGUCAAAAAGACAUCGAGUUUCUUAAUUCUUUAAUUGGUGGAGUAAUGGAAAUAGCCUCAGUGGGGUCUGACAUAGGCUCUCGCUUGCACUUGUCUCUUGUAUUGGGCUACGGGGAUGUCUCCCAAAAUGAUGAUACUAACUUAUCUGUUUUAGCAACUAAUCAAAGUUCUAACUCUGACCUUAUAUUACUUUUCCCUCGCCAAAGUUACUGUCUGAAAGGAAUGAAUCUUCGUACAGAUGUUAGGCCUCAUUGUCCUAUAUUAAUGACUCAAUGGCAAAGUGGUGUUACUCGCAAGGACAAUGUAAAUAAUUUCUUCUUUCAAGAAUUCAAAGAGCAUUGCGGAAAUCUCACGGUCCCUGCGGAUAGAUUUCUACAUGAAGUUGCAUUUAAGCUUUGGAAGGCCCCAAAGUAUGGAGCCUGAGGAGAUAUCUACUGGAAGUACUAGAAAAUAAGAACUUGUCCCUGCAACAUAAUGAGGAAUGAAGUAACCACUACGGGGUCGGCUUGCAAGCAUUAAAACUUGAUUAUGAGUUGCAAGUCUGGACAGUUAAUAACGCUUGUGGUGGAUCUACAACAAAGGAUGCCUGUAUCUUACAUGAAAAUGGGAUAUUUGGAACCAUAGUUUAUCCUUUUGAUUAUCUUACAUGAAAAUGGGAUAUUUGGAACCAUAGUUUACCCUUUCUAUCAAAUUUAUGUAGAAAUUGAAUGUUACGUAGUA